CAUAGUCGUAACUCAUAGGAUAAUAUCAUAAUAGUUCAGUAAGACGAAAGACAUUAAAGCUCAGUACGUUUAGUCGUACACUUUAGAAUUUCACAAAGGAUUUUACACAAGUGAUCAACAAUCCAACAUUGAGUUGCAAGGAUGGUAAAGAUACACAACGUACGACUAAUUGUUGAGAAUCAAUCUGGAAUGACUAUGCAGUAUACCUCAGAUUGGUUUGACAGUGGUAGACUUGCUGAUACCUUCAGUUGGCCAAAAACAGUGGAGAAUGGAGGCACACUAGAUGUCUUAUGUUAUGAAAAAGAUUGGUCACUGGCAGCUUGUAGUGGUACUGUUGACUAUAUAAUGAAUGAUACAGAAGUCACAUUUGGAUUCAGCAACCCUGACGUGGGCACAAACAAGCUCGGAGUUGGCACAUCAGGCAAAGCUGUCUGGGAUAAUAUGACGAAUCAUGAUUACUCGCCAUUCGAAGUUGAUAUCCUCAUUGGUGUUAUACCAUUAAGGUGCCAAUGCCAAUGUACAGGGGGGACAACUAACUUGGCUACUGUCAAAAUCAUACGUGUAGACUAGCCCAUAUACGAACAUAUUCGUCUGUUCGAGAAAAUUAAGGAACGUACUGUUUAAAUUGAUUUUUAUUAAAAUAAGGCGCCUUCUCAAGGCGUUUUAUUUCAAAACAAUCAUUAUAGUUGGUCUGAUGAGUGGUGAUGAUUCUGUAAUCGGUCGCAAUAUAAUCAUUUUAAUAUUGAUUCAAAUUGACAUAUUAGGGCCAUUUAUACGGAACAAAAUAAGUCGCGACUUACAUAAGACACGUCUUAUAUAAGCGGAGUUAUGGAAUAAACGGUUCUCUACGGCUUCAGUCUUAUUUACUUGCUAUAGCUAUAAUGUUGUUUUGGUUGUUUUUGUUUUACGUUGUUUCAAGUUUCGGACAUGUACAGUUAGACUUUUUAACAGCUAAAAAUCCUGUUCUUAUUUAAGUCGCGUCUUAUCCAAGACGCGUCUUAAAUAAGAAUUUUGUACCUUUUAUAUGACAAACUCGCGUCUUAUUUAAGUCGCGUCUUAUGUAAGUCGCGACUUAUUUUAAUUGUUCCGUAUAAACAGCCCUAUUGUCUUAUUUUAAGGUCCAUCUCUUGGGUUUUCAGCAGACAAUUCCUACCAGGUGCUACCUACCGGCUUUACAUCAUAUUGUGUUGCGUAAUUACAAUAAACAUGGGCUUGAUCAUGAACACUGGGACGUAGCGAAGCUUUGAACUUCAAUGUUAAACAUUUACCUGAAGUGUAAUAAUUAUAAAAGAG